AACCAGUUAAAGGCAAUCUGAAGGUCACCUCACCUGAGGACGCAGAACACCUGAACAGAAGGCAGGCGGGGUCAUCGGCGGCCUCGGCCAAUGGGACGGGGGGUCGGGCGGAUCCUAAAGUUAGCCGCAGCGCCCCCCGCAGACACACGGUUGGGGGGGCACGCAGCUCCCGGGAGAUUCUGGCCAUGCAGCCCUCAGACAUGGACAAGAAGAGAGAGGCUUUCCUGGAACAUCUAAAACAGAAAUAUCCUCACCACGCCUCAGCCAUCAUGGGCCAUCAGGAAAGACUCCGAGAGCAGUUGGUGCAGUGGAUGUUGGUCUCUCUUCACUCUGAGAUUGAUAUUCAGAGAUACCUGUUGAAAAUCCAGUCUCUUCCUCAGGAUCCAAGCCGCAGUCCAAGGCACACUGCUAACCCAGGUGGAGUUUCUUCGUUCGGGGAUCAGGUGGAUCAGGGCUCCUUAGGUUCCCUGGAUGCGCUGGAGGUCAUGUCUGAGUGUGACGCCCCUCUCGGCUUCACCCGGGGCAGCCGGUCCCGGGCCAGUCUGCCUGUGGUUCGCUCAGCAAACCAGACAAAGGACCGCUCGUUAGGAGUGCUGUACCUGCAGUACGGAGAUGAAUCCAAGCAGAUGCGGAUGCCUAAUGAGAUUAGCAGCGUGGACACAGUGAGGGCUCUGUUUGUCAGUGCCUUUCCUCAGCACCUCACCAUGAGCAUGCUAGAGUCCCCCAGCACAGCCAUCUACAUCAAAGACCACAACCGCAACAUGUACUACGAACUCAGCGACGUGAGGAGCAUCGCAGACCACUCCUGUCUGAAGGUCUACCACAAAGACCCGGCCCACGCCUUCAGCCACGCGCCCAGACCCAGCAACGGGAUGCACAGAGAGAUGAUGUACCCCGGGCGGGACGGCCCACAUCCGUUGCGCCAGCCCCCCAUGGGCCCGCCCCCUCCCCAUGUUCUACAGGGCUCCAUGUCCCCCACCACACCUCACGCCAUGCCCCCCUCGCCUUCCCGAAUCCCCUUCGGCCCCAGGCCCGGGGGGGGAGGGCCAGCGGGCGCGGGAGCCCCGGUCAGCGGUGGCACCAUUCAGCGUGAGCGUGUGACUCACACCAUGUCAGCUCCUGCCCGUUCCGCCUCCCCCUGCCCCAGCGCCAUCCUGGAACGCCGCGACGUCAAACCGGACGAGGACUUGUGCGCUAAGGGCGGGACCUUGCCUCCCCGGGUGGAGGGCAUUUACGCUGAUCCCUACCUGAUGCACCACCCUCCGCCCCCGGACGCUGUAGACCACGCCUACCAUCGUGCCUCCAUCCGUUCCUAUGGAAACCCCGGCGUUCCCAUGGAGUCAGCUGAGCAUCACUCCCUGUACAGACAGAAGAGCAGGAACAGCCAGCUGCCGACUCUGGGUUCCAAAACUCCGCCUCCGUCUCCACAUCGGAUGGGCGACAUGAGGAUGAUUGACAUCCACACUGGCCAACCACAAGGCCCGUUGGUUCUGGAGAGAUCUUCGCCCAUUCGGCAGUCCUUCAGGAAGGAGGCUCCCGUCUCCAUGGAAACUGUGGUAAAGGGUAGGGGUCCGCUGGCACCGUCGGUGACCCCUGACCUCCAAGGUCGCGCACCCAGUGACCCGCAGACUCAAGAGCGGAUGAAGGCUAUGGAAGAGCAGAUAGCCAGUUUGACUGGCCUUGUUCAGACUGCUCUUUUAAAGGGGCAAACCACUAAUGGCACCAAGGAUUCCUCCAGUGACAGAUCAGUGAAGUCAGGCUCUCCUGUUCACAGCACAUCCAGCGCAGGGGGUUCACCCGUGCUCAUGCCUAAAAGCGCUACGCUCCCACCUGAGUCUAGCCCCGCCCCUACUCCGCCUGUUGGCCCCGCCCCCACACAGGUGAACUUCGCCCAUCUUAAGCAGAACGUCUCGGAGCUCCGCCUCCAAUUACAACAGAUGAGACAGCUACAGAUCCAGAAUCAGGAGUGUGUACGGGCUCAGUUAAAGCGGGUGGAACAGGAGAUCAGUGUGAAGCUCGGAGAGAUCCUGAGGACACAGGAGGAUCCUGCUCACAGACAGAGGUCACUGGUGGAUGAGGACAGACACAAGUACCUCAGCAUGGAGGAGAAGGUCCUCACAGAGCUGGGGGACCUGGAGCAGUACGUGGAGGGUCUGAAGAGGGACUCGGGUUCGACCCAGCGAGCAGUGACUUUGAGAGAAGUGGAAGACGGCGCAGUGGGCCUGAGGAAGGUUGGAGAAAGCCUGGCCGGACUCAAAGGAGAGUUCCCUGCUCUGCAGACCCGUAUGCGGGCGGUGCUGAGGGUGGAGGUGGAAGCAGUGAAGUUCCUGAAGGAGGAGCCACAUAAACUGGACAGCAUGCUGAAGAGAGUCAAAACCCUGACUGAGACUCUCAGCCACCUGCGCAGGUGUGCCACGGAAGGCUUGCUAAAACCCUCGGAACCGGUUACCAUGACAACCCUGACUGCAACUGAGGAGGCGGAGUCGAGCCAGCCCGUGGAAGUCCGUGACUCUCCCUCGACCACACCCUUACCAGAGCCUCAGGGCUCGUCCGUAAGGUCGGAGGUCAUGAACUCUAGCCCUGUGGUUAUCCACCAUGCUCAGAGCUCUCCUGUGCCGAUGCAGAAAUCUCAGCAUUCGGUAGCACCCACCACAAAUGCCACCCAGGGUAGAAUAUCGCCCCCUUCACCUGUCACGCAGAGUGGCAGUCCCUCUCAACUGAAGAAAACCACUGCAGCACCCCCAGAGCAAACUCCACCAGCCUCCAACACCAGUAAUGGAGUCCCCAGCAACAGUAUCCAUGGCAGCGCGGCAGUCAGCGCCGCACAGAACCUGUUCAUUGAGGAAAUCCAUACCAGCCACAGCAAGAGCAAAAACAGAGCUAUGUCUAUAGAGGCUGCAGAGAGAGAGUGGGAAGAGAAGAGGCAGAACAUGGGACACUAUGACAGUCGAGAGUUUGAGCGGAUGCUCCAGGAAGCAGAGGCCAACAUGCUGAGAGGAAUACCCAGCCUGGAGGUGCCCAGUGAGGCACAGAGCUUCCCCGCUCCCCCUGCUGGUUCAGAUGAGGUCUUCAUUGAGAAAACGGAGCCUGCAGCAGCACCGCCACAGGAGGAGAAGCCGUCUGAGGCGAACAGCGAGAGACCUGUUAAAACGGGUCCUGAGAAGCCCCCGAAACCUGUGUCGGAAAAAGCGUCCAAACCCACCCCGGAGAGGUCCCCCAAAGCCAGCCUGACCGCUAAGGCCAGCCUGGAGAGACCGGCCAAGUCCAGCGGCCAAGACAAAGUCACCAAACUGAACCAGGCCUCAGAGAAAGCCAGCAAGUCCCCCCCGCCCCCGCCACCCCGGCGAAACUACACCUCUGCCCCUGGCAUGACCACCACCCGCACAGGAGAAGUCAUCUACACCAGCAGAAAGGAGUCUUUGUCUGCACAGGAGGGAGAGGAGGAGCUCUCUGUGUCUGCCCAGGCAAAGCAGAAGACUCCCCCUGAGGUGAAAACCAAACCCUGCACCCCUCCCCCCAUCGCAGCCUCUGCCAUUACUGAGGAUGAGGAUGAAGGAGACAAGAUUAUGGCCGAGCUUCAGGUGUUCCAGAAGUGCUCGAUUAAGGAUGUAGGGCUCAAAGGUUUGGUAGAGCCACAGGUCAGAGAAAUAAGAGCCGGGGCCUUACUGCCCCUCAAAGAUAAGAAGAACACAGACAAUCGGGAAGACAAGGACCCUGUCACGGAUGAGAAUGGGAACAACACUAUCCGACAGAGCUCAGGGGUCAUCUACUAUGUCACAGCUCAAAUCUCCAAGGAGACGCCUCAGCCGUCUCUGACGCCGGAGGAAUCAAACGAUCGCAGAGACGUGCCGCUGUCACCGUCCUCACAGGUCUCACAUGUCAAUACUUCUGACCAAUCCCAAAGUCCGCAGCAGGUUGUCACUGAUGGACCGACUACAAACUCCAAGAGCAAUGGUCCAGCCACCAACACCAGUCCUCCCGUUUCUCUGCCUCAGACACAUCUCACUCGGUCUGAGUCUUUGAAGAUCAAUCUUCGCUCCGCAACAAAGGAUCGUCCCAGUUCCGUGCCUCAAAAACAGUUCACCAGGUCUGGCUCGCUGAAAAUAAAUCUCCCUUCCACCACAGGGGAUCAUUCCAGCUCUCUGCCUCAGAAGCAUCUCAGCAGGUCUGGCUCACUGAAGAUAAACCUCUCCUCCCCUAAGGAGGAAGGCAAGCGUGGUAUGACCGUCUCAAAGGUCCAUGUGGUCAAAUCUCCUCCACUUCAGAUUAGUGUAGAGGAGAGGGUAGAAUCUCCAACCAAGUGUAGCGUGCCAACACCCACAACAAUUGGGGAAACUCCUCCUGUUUUUACCUUGGCAAGUACAGGCCAAGCUGGGUUAAGUGGAGACAGUCAGCAACCAGUGCUUGGUUCCUCCAGGGCCAGAGAGAGGAAGUAUGAGGAAGACAACCUGACUGAUGAUGCUGGUCUGAGUCCAGACCUGCCUGGGGAGGAGCCACCUCCUCCUCCUGAUAACAUUGCUUUCAUGAUUACUAACACCAAAGUACAGGCCCUGUCCACUGGAGAAUACCAGGAGCUUGUUAAUGCAAAGAGAGGCAGUGUUCAAACUGUUACUGUUGGCAACAAGCGGCACGUAACCACCAACGGUGCCUUGGCAUCCGGAGAUGCCACUCAAGGCAGCGAACUUCAUGACAUGGACAACGGUGGGUUCAACAAGAAACCUGUGAUCAUUAUUUUCGAUGAGCCAAUGGACAUCCAUUCAGCCUACAAACGCCUCUCUACCAUUUUUGAGUGCGAGGAGGAGCUGGACAGGAUGCUGGCAGAAGAGAGGAUAGAUGAGGUGGAGGAGGAGGAGGAAGCGGAAGAGAGUUCUGGAGAAAUGCAGGUAAAAAAGGGGUCACCAGAGAAUUCAGGGAAAGUGCCUGGUGGGACACCAGGUGCGGGAGACCAUCACACAUCAUCGUCUUCGUCAUCGUUAUCUGAAGGAGGACCGCAGUCAGAUCCUACUGGAGACUCGAAACAGGAUUCUAAGAAGAAGUUCAAGUUUAAAUUUCCCAAGAAACAGCUAGCAGCACUGACGCAGGCCAUACGCACCGGCACCAAGACAGGCAAGAAGACCCUGCAGGUGGUAGUCUAUGAGGAUGAGGAGGAAUCUGAUGGAACUUUGAAGCCCAAAGAGGCCAAGAGAUUUGAGAUUGCGCGGUCAAAACAGGACCCCAAAACUACGGCUAACCCCCAGGACCUGCAAGGCCGGACGGACGAAAUCCGUAAAAGCACCUACAAAACCCUGGACAGUCUGGAACAGACCAUUAAACAGCUAGAAAGCACCAUCAGUGAGAUGGGCCCACGGUUGCCUGAGGAAGGGGGACCUGCUGAGGACCCUAAACCUCAAGGGGGCCAGGGUGGAGAGGCUGCAGCACCUGAGAAAAACUCUACUCCUAAAUCCCUCAUGCCCAAAUCCUCCGGAUCCAGCAAGUCCUCAGGUUCCCGUAAAAAACCCAAACCGCAGCUCCUUCCUCGACCUGCUACGAUCCCAACUGCCGGGGUCUCAGUCAGCGCGGUUCCUACCCACCAGAAUGCCAACGCGAUCUCACCCACUAGUCGGAUGCCAGUGCCCGUAUCUGCCAAGGCAAGGCAGCAACCGGGUACCUCAGAGAGAGAGAAGGCAGCAAAACAACAAAAGCUACAAGACUCACAGAGGCAGUUCCGCCAGGCUAACGGAAGUGCUAAGAGAUCUGGAGGAGAUCCCAAAUCCACUUCCCCUUCUGUGCCUGCCUCUAAAAUCCCAGCUUUUUCCUCUAGCGUGGGAAAAGGCUUCUCCCAGUCUGAUGCUACUAAUUCCAUUAACUCUUCCUCGCUCUCCUCCUCUCCCUCCUCAUCUUCCCUUUCAGCCAACAAGUCCUCCAUACCCUCCCCCCGUUCUAGUUCUGCCUCUUCCUCCCAUAUCCCCUCCCUCUCUAACGGCUCGCUUAAGUUAGCCCCGCCCACUCACACCGCUAAAGGCCUCUCCUUCUCCUCGCAGACUCAAAAUGGUCGACCUUCCUCUUCCUCCUCCUCCUCUUCCUCCUCUACCUCCUCUCCUCACUCCCCACUGUCCCCCACCAUGUUGGCUCAGGGUGUGAAGACCAUCCGCACCAUACACACACCCAGCUUCACCAGCUACAGCCGGCCACACAACGGGAGCGGCGGCAAAUCAGCCAUUCCCACUGCUACAGCCACCAAGGACUGCUCAUAGAGUUCUCCGCUGGCUUUUCGCUCAUGUCUUAGAGGGGUAAAGCUACUCC